GCCUCGUGAUCCUGUGGUUAUAGAGCACUUUGAAGCAGUUUGUCUAUGUCUGUUUAUUCUAAGUGAUGCUUCAAAGUGUGGCCAUUCAAUUAAUCUGUAUGGUGGUGUGUUUCCAUCAAGCAGUCAGAGGUGAGGAUGUGAGGAACGUUAUUGGUUAUAUCGGGGAGUCAAUUGUCCUGAGGUCAGAAGUUGAUCCAUCAUGGAAGCUUAGAAUUAUUCGGUGGUCUAUCUAUAAGAACAUUACUCUCAUUGCAACCUUUGUCAACAAUGAGAUUAGAGUCAAUAGGUGGCCACAAUUCAAGGGCCGACUUGAGCUCAACACAAGUUUAGGAGAUUUGACAAUUAAAAACAUAAUGGCUAGAGACUCUAUGGACUACAGAGUGUAUCUCAAAGGACAAGGAAAUACAGAAGAGAAAACCAGCCUUGUCCAGCUUUAUGUUCGAGAACAAUUCCCAGAGCCCAACAUAACUCUGCUGCACAGUUUUCUGGAUGGAGAGAAAUGUGUAAUCUCACUUAAGUGCUCAUCACUGGGCAGUAACAUUUCUCUCAUGUGGAAACCUGAGCAUGGGUUCAGUGAGCGCUUCUGGAGUGACAGUCCUAAUGUCACCAGAGAGUCAGUGAUGUGGACAUCCUUCAGGAACAGAGAUGUAAGCUUCUCCUGCAUUGCUACUGAUCACAAUCGCAAUAUGUCGAGACAACUGAGUGUGAAAUGUCCAGUGUCAGAGUAUUGCAGCUCCUGUUAUGCAUGCUGGAUAAUCCUGGGCAUGUUUUUUUCUUUUGCAAUAUUAUUCAUAUUAUUCAAAGGUCAAAUCAUGUCUCUAUGUUCGAGAUGCCAUGAAUGGCUCAGGAAUUUACUGCCAUCUGUGUUCAGUAGGGGAGAGUUGUAACAACCGUACACAAUAGUAACAUUUUUUGGUUUUAUUUGAUUUUUUUUCUUUAUUGUUCUGAGCUAUAAAUGUUUAAUUUUGUACUCAAUUGUGAUGUCACAGUUGUAAUAUGUGAUUUUUCUAUGUAGAUGAAGAAUUAACUAAAAAUGCAAAAAAAAAAAAAAGUAAA